CACAGACCUUCACAGUCCCCCAAAACUUCUUCUUUCUUUGACCCAAAAAAGAAAAAAACAACUAAGGAAAAUGGCACCAGCACGCAGCCGAAUCAACUCACUGCACGUGGCGGUGAUCGGAGCAGGAGCCGCCGGACUCGUAGCUGCAAGAGAGCUACGCCGAGAAUCUCACUCCGUCGUGGUUUUUGAACGCGACACACAAGUCGGAGGUCUCUGGGUUUACACACCUCAAAGCGAAACCGACGAGCUGAGCCUCGAUCCGAAUCGGAGCAUAGUCCACUCGAGCGUCUACGAAUCGCUCCGCACCAACCUCCCACGAGAGUGCAUGGGUUACAGAGACUUCCCUUUCGUGCCCCGACCCGAAGAUGACGAAUCCAGAGACCCGAGAAGGUAUCCGAGUCAUAAGGAAGUCCUCGCGUAUCUUCAGGACUUCGCGAGAGAAUUCAAACUCGAGGAGAUGGUUCGAUUUGAGACUGAAGUGGUUCGUGUUGAACCGGAAGGCCGGAAAUGGAGGAUCCGGUCUAGAAAUUCCGAUGGGAUCUCCGGCGAUGAGAUCUUCGAUUCCGUCGUCGUUUGCAAUGGACACUAUACAGAGCCUCGAGUUGCUCAUGUUCCUGGUAUAGAAUCAUGGCCAGGCAAGCAGGUUCAUAGCCACAAUUACCGUGUUCCUGACCCAUUUAAAGACCAGGUGGUGGUAGUGAUAGGAAAUUUUGCGAGUGGAUCCGAUAUCAGCAGGGACAUAACGGGAGUGGCUAAAGAAGUCCAUAUCGCAUCUAGGUCGAACCCAUCCGAGACAUAUGAAAAACUUCCCGGAUCCAACAAUCUAUGGCUUCACUCUAUGAUAGAGAGCGCACAAGAAGAUGGGUCGAUUGUCUUCCAGAACGGUAAGGUUGUGCAAGCAGAUACCAUCGUGCAUUGCACUGGUUACAAAUAUCACUUCCCGUUUCUCAACACCAAUGGCUAUAUUACCGUUGAGGAUAACUGUGUUGGACCGCUUUACAAACAUGUGUUUCCUCCUGCGCAUGCUCCCGGGCUUUCCUUCAUCGGUUUACCUUGGAUGACAUUGCAAUUCUUUAUGUUUGAGCUCCAGAGCAAGUGGGUGGCUGCAGUUUUGUCCGGUCGGGUCACGCUCCCAUCAGAAGACAAAAUGAUGGAAGAUGUUACAGCUUUCUAUGCAAAGCGUGACGCUAAUGGGCUUCCCAAGAGAUACACGCAUCGGCUUGGCGCGUCUCAGAUUGAGUAUCUCAACUGGAUAGCCGAGCAGGUUGGUGCACCGCCUGUUGAACAAUGGAGAGGUCAGGAAGUAGAAGGUGGCUAUUUUAGACUUGCCACACAAUCAGACACUUUUCGUGAUAAGUGGGACGAUGAUCACCUCAUCGUUGAGGCUUAUGAGGAUUUCGUGAGACAGAAGCUGAUUAGUGUUCUCCCUUCUCAGUUAUUGGAAUCCGGAAGAUGAUGAAUGACCUGUCUGUGUUGUUGUUCUGUGAUGUGAACUCUUAAUCAUUUUAAAUGUCAUUUAUAUUGUAAUGUUGGAACAAAACAAUGUUUUUAUACACAGAUUGAAUCAAGCCCUCUAAGCAUGUUGUACA